AUGAGAAAUGUGGUCCCACACGGCUUUGACUAUCUUCGUCGCUACGCUCCAACAUCAAGCUACGAAGAAGAAGAAGUCGAAGCUUUCAUAUGGACCUGGAGAAGUUCUACGAGAAGAUCAUGCCUUUUACAAGGUCAUAAUUGGCGACUUCAACGCCAAAGUUGGCCCAAGAAAACGCCGGAGGAACUUCACAUCGGAACCCACGGCCUACAAUGGAAUGACCAGGGGAGGCUUUCCGAGUUCAUCAUGACGACUAAGACCAUCCAUGGGAACUCGCAAUUCCAGAAGCCCUCCUCUCACGCUGGACGUGAGUCACCCGGUGGAGGGUACCGUAAUGAGAUAGACCACAUCAUCGUCAAUAAAGGUUCUGCCACGGAUGUCGCUGUUGUACCAAAGUUCUAUACGGGAUCGGACCAUCGCCUCCUCCGAGGAAGAUUUUCUUCACGCGAGAGCAGAGAAAGCCGCCAAGUUCAGCAAGAGAUCCCAGAACUACCAUCAACUGGGAUCUUUCGCUACGUUAGCCGGCUUUGGAAGAUUCCGCGAUGGACAACAUAG